ACAUUUCUUGUCAUGUUCAGAAGUAUUUUGGGCUAUAAAUAUUAUAAAAGUGACUUAAUUAAAAAUCAUUUAUAAGACACUGACAAAAUUACAUUCUAAAAAACCUGUCUAGCCGGGCGUUGUGGCGAGCGCCUGUAGUCCCAGCUACACGGGAGGCUGAGGCAAGAGAAUCGCUUAAGCCCAAGAGUUGGAGGUUGCUGUGACCUGUGUGAUGCCACGGCAUUCUACCGAGGGCCAUAAAGUGAGACUCUGUCUCUACAAAAAAAAAAAAAAACCUGUCGAGUCUUCCUCUAAUGACAGUCUUCCUCUAAUCAGUUAUUUGAAGGUAAAAUGGGUUAUCCUAAAAGAUGGAAAAAUUAUUGUUUCUGUCAUAUUACCCUGACUGCCAAUUUUACAACUUUUUCCCCUGACAAAAAGUGCAUCUUGUUGUUAAUAAAAUCAUGGUAGUACUUUAAGACCUCUCCUUUCCCAGAUUCUGGACUAAAACUGGAAAAAUGACCCACCUAAAUGACAGAAGGACAUUUUAUGAUUUUAUUUCUGAUUCUUAAUUAUUUAUCACAUUUCCUAUCCAUAUGACUUGCUGCUUCUCCAGGUCCACCUGGUACAAACUAAAUUUCUGAAAGUCAGAGACUUAGUAAGUGAACAGUGUGGACAAUGACAGUCAGUUCUUAGACUGACCUGAUGAAUGCCUCUAAGGUGGGAGCAGCUGUGUUUAAGGGAACUCUGCAGGUGGACAAAGCUUUUCCUAGUAUUUAAGCAUCCUGUUUUAAUUUUUAUUACUGAAAAACAUGGAAAUUACUUUGCAUAUGUGCAAAUGUUUAACUCACAUACCUUAAGUAAAUACACACUUAUAGUUGGGCAAGAGGAAAAAAUUCUUAUACAAAGUUUUACUGCGUCUGUGGAUCGGAAAUUCAUCUCUUUGAUGUCAUUAUGCUCUGAUGGAUCUAUAUAUGAAACUUUGAUACCAAUACACCCAACUGAUGCAGAACAAAAUCAAAGGGUAGUUAGAUCACUUUUACUCAAGGCUGUUGCAUCUGGUAAUGCUCAAAAAGGUAUUGCACUCACUGUCCUGGAUCAAGAUCAUGUAGCAGUCCUAGGAAGUCCCCUGCCAGCUUCUAAAGAAUGCCUCUCCAUAUGGAACAUAAAAUUUCAGACACUACAAACUUCAAAGGAAUUACCACAAGGGACUAGUGGUCAACUUUGGUAUUAUGGGGAAAAUCUGUUUAUGCUGCACGGAAAAUUUCUAACUGUGAUUCCAUACAAGUGUGAAGUGUCAUCGUUAGCAGGUGCCCUUGGCAAACUCAAGCAUGGUCAUGAUCCAGGCACCCAUUUCAUGCCCCAUUUUGUAAACUGGGAAACAUCUCAGGGAUGUGGGCUUGGAUCCCAGAACUCAGAGCAGUCAAGAACUUUAAGGAGACGAAAAACUGAUGAGAAUUUACUGCCAGAGGUUCCACCAUCCAAACAACUUUUAUUAACCAUAAAGAAAGAUUCAGAAAAACACAUUGAAGUGGAACUACGUAAAUUUUUGGCUAUGAAACAGACGCCUGACUUUCAUGCUAUAAUUGGAGACAUAGUAACAGGACUUCUGGGAAGAUGUAAAGCAGAGCCAUCAUUUUAUCCUCGGAACUGUCUGAUGCAGCUUAUCCAAACACAUGUAGUUUCUUACAGCUUGUGCCCUGACAUAAUGGAAGUUGCCUUACAAAAGACAGACAUACAACUGUUACAACUCUGUCUACAGCAGUUCCCUGACAUCCCCGAAUCAGUCAUUUGCAUGUGCUUAAAACUUUUCUUGAGCAUUGGUGAUGACUGUCUUCAAGAAUCAGAUAUCAAUGUGGAGUCAGUCUUGGGCUAUAUUGAUACUGUAGAAGAUGACAAAAUGGACAAGCAAACUGAGAUUCUUCAAAAUGGCUUCAAUCCUGAAGAAGAUAACUGCAAUAACUGUGGUCAAGAAUUAAAGGAAAAGCCUCAGGACAUAGCAGAGGAGACCACUUCAUGCCCUGUGACUCCAAAAAGAGCAGCUCUGCUAAACGCAAUUCUUCAUUCCGCCUAUAGUGAAACAUUUCUUCUGCCUCACUUGAAAGACAUCCCAGCACAACAUAUCACUUUAUUUCUCCAGUAUUUAUAUUUCCUUUAUCUGAAGUGUAGCAAAAAUGCUACUAUGACUCUUCCUGGAAUACACCCUCCAACCCUUAAUCAGAUUAUGGAUUGGAUAUGCCUACUUCUAGAUGCUAAUUUUACUGUUGUGGUAAUGAUACCCGAAGCAAAAAGGCUGCUAAUGAAUCUUUACAAGUUUGUCAGAUCUCAGAUAAGUGUUUAUUCUGAACUCAACAAGAUUGAAGUAAGUUUCCGGGAGCUACAAAAAUUAAAUCAAGAAAAGAAUAAUAGAGGAUUAUAUUCAAUUGAAGUGUUGGAACUAUUCUGAUAGUACCAGUUCUCCUUCAUAGACAUUUUAUGAAACUUUUUUAUGUGAAUUCUUACUUUUCAUCCAGACGAGAAAGAUGUUUUGUGAUCAUCACAAGUUCAAGAAAAAAGUGUCAGUGAGUACCUGGACCAUUGCUUAUUGAUGCUUCACAUAGGACCCCAGACUUCACAUGAACCUAUUCUAGAUUAUGAACAUUGGUGGGGAAAGGGUCUGACAUUUUUCAAAAAUAUGUAAUUGAGUUGAUUUUAAGAAAACUUAUUUGUGUAUUGAUAAAAGUCUAAUUUCUUAUCACGUAUUUUGAAUUGUUUUUCUUUUAAUAAAAAAUGAUCAUUGAAGCAGUGA